AUGUGUGGUCAAAGCGCAUGCUUGUACUUGGUGCUUUACCUACUACUAGAUACAGACACUCCUUCUUGCAGAGCAGCAGAGACCAACAUCAUACACAAACAUCUUCGCUGCACACGACUGCAGCUCCAAUUUCGCAUCCUAUGGACGACAGCCAAAUGCUACAUCGAGGCCAAGCGUGAUAUCGCGGUCACAUGGAACAACGUCCAGCCUCGACUAACAUCUCCAGGGGUCAUGGAACUAUCGCAGUGUUGGUAA